GCGGGGGUGUGGCAGGGACGGAGGCACUGGGAGACAGGAACUGCCUGGCUUUCCAGGGGGAGGGAAGCACCGUGCGUCCCCAAGCUGCAGAGCCGUCCGGUGACAGCCUCCAGCUGAGCAUGGCCCUCCUGGCCCCGGGCCGGGACCCUUGGAGCCUCCUGGGCUUUUUCCUGUCCCCGCUGUUUCUGCCGCUGCCGCCGACUGCAGGGGCCGGUGCGCAGGAGCCCCUGCCCAGGAUCACUUACCGGGCAGGGGAGGGACGCAGGGCUCUCAGCCUCUUCCACCAGAAGGGCCUCCAGGAUUUCGACACUCUGCUCUUGAGUGGUGACGGAGGCACUCUCUAUGUGGGGGCUCGAGAGGCCAUUCUGGCCUUGGAUAUCCAGGACCCAGGGAUGCCAAAGCUGAAGAACAUGAUACCCUGGCCAGCCAGCGACCAAAAAAAGAGUGAAUGCGCCUUUAAGAAGAAGAGCCAUGAGACACAGUGCUUCAACUUUAUCCGUGUCCUGGUCUCUUUCAACGCCAGCCACCUGUACACCUGUGGUACCUUUGCCUUCAGCCCCGCGUGUACCUUCAUUGAACUCCAAGAUUCCUACCUGUUGCCCAUCUCCGAGGACAAGGUUGUGGAGGGGAAAGGCCAAAGCCCCUUUGACCCUGCCCAUAAGCACACGGCUGUCUUGGCAGAUGGGAUGCUCUAUUCUGGCACCAUGAACAACUUCCUGGGCAGCGAGCCCAUCCUGAUCCGCACGCUGGGACCCCAGCCCGUCCUCAAGACUGACAAUUUCCUCCGCUGGCUGCAGCCGGACGCCUCCUUCGUGGCAGCCAUCCCUUCGACCCAUUUCGUCUACUUCUUCUUCGAGGAGACAGCCAGCGAGUUCGAGUUCUUCGAGAGGCUCCACACGUCCCGGGUGGCCAGAGUCUGCAAGAACGACGUGGGCGGCGACAAGCUGCUGCAGAAGAAGUGGACGACCUUCUUGAAGGCCCAGCUGCUGUGCUCGCAGCCGGGGCAGCUGCCCUUCAACGUCAUCCGCCACGCCGUCCUGCUGCCCGCCGCUGCCUCCACCGAGCCCCGCGUCUAUGCGGCCUUCAGCUCUCAGUGGCAGAUUGGUGGGACCAGGAGCUCUGCCGUCUGUGCCUUCUCUCUCAAGGACAUCAAGCGUGUCUUUGAGGGGAAGUACAAGGAGUUGAACAAAGAGACUUCACGCUGGACUACUUAUGGGGUCCCCGAGAUCAGUCCCCGGCCAGGCAGCUGCUCCGUGGGCCCCUCCUCUGACAAAGCCUUGACCUUCAUGAAGGACCAUUUCCUGAUGGAUGAGCAGGUGGUGGGGACACCCCUGCUGGUGAAGUCUGGUGUGGAGUACACGAGGCUUGUGGUGGAGACAGCCCAGGGCGUCAAUGGGCACAGCCAUCUGGUCCUGUACCUGGGCACCGCCACAGGCGCCCUCCACAAGGCUGUGGUGAGUGGGGACGGCAGUGCUCAUCUGGUGGAGGAGAUCCAGCUGUUCCCUGAUCCCGAACCUAUCCGCAACCUGCUGCUGGCCCCUGAACAGGGCGCAGUGUUUGCGGGCUUCUCAGGGGGCAUCUGGAGGGUUCCCCGAGCCAACUGCAGCGUCUAUGGGAGCUGUGUGGACUGUGUCCUGGCCCGGGACCCCCACUGUGCCUGGGACCCCGAGUCCGGAACCUGCCGUCUCCUGCCCACCCCCACCCCGAAGUCCUGGAGACAGGACACGGAACAAGGGAAUCCAGGGUGGGCAUGUGCCACUGGCCCCGUGGGCAGGAGCCUCCAGCCUCAAAGCCGCCCCCAAAUCAUUAAAGAAGUCCUGGCUGUCCCCAACUCCAUCCUGGAGCUCCCCUGCCCCCACCUCUCGGCCCUGGCCUCGUACCGCUGGAGUCAGGGCGCAGCCAAGCUCCCAGAAGCCUCUUCGGCGGUCUUCAAUGGCUCCCUGGUGCUGCUGCUGCAGGGUGGGGUAGGGGGCCUGUACCAGUGCUGGGCCACGGAGAAUGGCUUCUCGUACCCUGUGGUGUCCUACUGGGUGCACAGCCAGGAUCAGCCCCUGGCCCUGGACCCCGAGCUGGGGGGCAUUCCCCGGGAGCGUGUGGAGGCCCCACUGACCAGGGUUGGCGGCGGGGCCGCCCUGGCCGCCCGGCGGUCGUACUGGCCCCACUUCCUCACAGUCACUGUGCUCCUGGCCUUAGUGCUUUCAGGAGCCCUCCUCCUCCUCCUCGCCUCCCCACUGGGGGCUCUCCGAGCCCGGGGCAAGGUGCAGGGCUGUGGGACCCUGCCCCCGGGGGAGAAGGCCCCCCUGAGCCGGGAGCAGCCCCUCCAACCUCCCAAGGAACGCAGGCCGUCCGCCAGCGACGUGGACGCCGACAACAACCACCUGGGCACCGAGGUGGCGUAGACUCUGGGCGCAGGGUAGGGGGGCGACCGCCGCGCUGCUGGGGGACCUGGGGCAGCACGGCCCUGAGGGCGGGGGCGGGGCACAGCACACCACCUUCCCGCCUUGUCACCCGGGGCCUUCAGCGGGGCUGGAACCCAGCAGCCUGACGCCCUGUGGGCCUCCCCUCCACCGCACACAUGGGCCCUCCAACGGGCCGUCCCAGGCCUGGACCAAACAAGAAGACCCGGAGCGGAUCCCUCCAGAAACAUACCGCUCCAGGAGCCCCUAAAACACGAGACUGCCCCAGGCCCCUGUGGUAACGAAGCCCAAGGUGCACACGAGUAGGCACGCCGCCGCCCGCCGUCCCUGGAGACCCCCCCCGCCGGGGGCAGCAGCCGCCCCCACGGACACCAAGACUCCGCCGUCCCAGGGCCCUGCAGGGAGCUGCCCCAUCCUGCCACCUUGUCCACCCAGCACCGCUGACCCCCGGCAAGUGAGCACCUUCCUUCUUGUUUCGGUCGGGGCAGACUGCGACCCCUGCUGCGCUGGAAGGACAGGGGUCAUCUGAGCCUUGUUCCUGCCUCACCUCGGGCUGACCUCUUCAGGCCCUCCUCUCCCCUUUCCCUUAUUUUGGGAUUCAGAAGACCGCUUGUCACAGACAGUUUAUUUUUUAUUAAAAAGACAA